UUUAUCUCAUGUAUUCUCAAUAAAAACAAUCCUCACAGUGGCCUACAAAAUACCAUCACCAACCCAACCACGACAAGAUCGAUAAAAGUUUACCUCAUCCACUUGAAAACUCAGUAAAAAAAAAAAUCACUAAUUCACUUUCAUUGCCAUCACAGAUCGGUGGUUGUCUUUGGCGCUGUUUGUUGGUUCGAACAGAUAACAACCCAACUUAAAACCUGGCUUAAACCUUCAACACAAAACAAACCGAAUUGGAGGUUCUUAAGCUGUUCGAUCAAACCGCACGAUCAGUAAGUGAGAAAACGUGAUCGCGAUCGGUUCCACCUGUUCGUCGGACAGGUAAAAAAAAACCAACCUUCCAAACAGUGUUAUAUAGAAGUCAAGGAAAAAAAGAAAAAAAUACCCAAGAAAAACUUCUGUUUUGUGGAUUCUUUUUUGAACCCUCGUUUAUACUCAUAUUGCAAAAGACGUGUGUUUUGAUAGCAUUUGUCGUCUUAACUUCUUAGCUGGAUAUUUCUUUUCCUUUCCACCCAGGACAACAGCAGGCGACUUUUUCUGCAGAACACAAACACCUCGCUCUAAAAAGUGUUGACAAAGUAUUAAUGAAAUUCGUUACCCCUCGUCCCAGUGUGUGGAUUACGUUGUCGUUACAUGCGCGCCGCAUAGUAUACAAAAACGCCUCUGUCCUUUCUCUGUUUUGUCUGACGAAUAGAAUAUAGUUCCAUUUUUUGCCCACUCAAGGGCCUCCAAUAACCGCGUGAAGUGCGAACGAUAUUCAUUCACUGCGAAAAAACGGCUGGAGAUCGAAGUGUUACGCAUCCCACGCGACUUAAUCUAUCUUAACGUUGACUCAGCGUGUAACAAGGAUUCGUUGCCGGGCGCUAUUUUACAUUCUCUGUGUUGGAAUAGAAUACCAGCCGUUUCAUUAGGACGGGCAAUAAAUCACGGGGCAAGCAUUUUACAGAUCCCCAAACAAAAGUGAAUAAGUGCGUUACGCCACCGUUACCCAACAUUGGCUUCUGGUUUGGUAUUGUAAUUGUUAAGUCAGCCGUAGGCUGUUGGCUGUGAUUGUGAUUUCAAAGAUUCGGUUACGAGGCGGUCAAGAUUAAAAAAUAUAUUAUAAAGCCUUUCGAUCGAUUGUGCUGAACACCUGGAUAUCUGUGUGAGGGUGUCUAUUGUAGUGCGGACCGUGAAUUGAACUUUUUUGAAAGAACCGAACCGAACCGAGAACCCACUCUGGAAUAACCGCCAUUGGGCGUUGUUUGUUGGAUAUUUUUCAGAACCAUCAUCUCGCACUUGGGACAACUGCUGAAUGGAUAAAUAGCAAUAAAAUUAUACCGGAGACGAAAACGCGAAGACGAGAGUCGAAGGCUGCUGACACCGCAAAGGGCAUCUUCUAUCUCCUUCUUUCUCUCCUCAUAAAGCUGACUUUAUCAAGUAGAACCCGGACAGGCACAAACAAAAAAAAAACACUAACUUAUAAAUUUCAGUUUAACUGAGAGAAAAAAAAGGCUCAAAUAUUGCAAGAGCCAGAGACCUAAAACCAAAGAUUGUAAACCAACAGAUUAUAUGAGGAAAAAAUUGCACUGCGAGCAACAUGGAAAACAUGUCAGCAUCAAUUGAGCCGGUUAUGCCGCGCACUGCCAAUUUGCUGGCGUGCAAACAAUGGUGGCGUGUUUGCUUUUUGUAUGGCGAUCAGCAGAAAUAUUAUCGACAGGUCUACAGUAAAGCGGCAGCACAACGUUUGGCAUUGUCAUCCAGCGUUGUCCAGCAUAAGAAUCCUGAAGAAGCAACCACUACCAACAAUACAAUCGGCGGCGGCGGCGGCGGUGGAGAUGAACAAAAUAAUAACAACAAGACCAGCAACAAUAAUAAUGGCGUUAAUAAAACCACCAACGAUAGCUGCUCUAGCGAUAUUACCAUCAACAACGCCAACACGGGCAGCAGCAGCCAGCACCACUUCAACCCACUACCAUUAUUUCCUCUCAAACAAAACUCCCAAUCGCAGUCCCAGAGGCGAAGCAAGAAAUUACUGCGAUCGUUACGGGGCAAUAGUAGCGGCAAUAAAGCCCCCAAUGAUGUAAAUAGCACUGAGCCUACAAAGUCGAAUGCCCGCGUCACCGUUCUCGACGAUCCGUUUCUAUUUGGCGUCGAUGAAGUCAUGGCCGCCGAAGUCAAUGCGGAGGAUGACGAUGGGAAUCUAGAUCCACUUACAAUGUCCACCAACUAUCCAGACUCGUUGUUGCCCAAUGAUGAUCACAUUCAAAAUUAUUUCAGCAUGUGUGCGGACAAUGAGCCGGGUCAAGAGCAGGUGGACUUUAAUCAUCACCUAGUCCCUGAGGACUAUGAGAAACCAGAUUUGCCUCCGAAAUGUAAUAGAAAAUCCAGUAAUGAUCCUUAUGCCACGAUCGCAGGAAGACUGAAUGAUAAUGGAGGUAGCGGAGGUGUUGUUGUUGGUAGUAGUGAAUUGCAUUUGAGUGAAAGUGACUUGAAGUUCUUGAAUUUGAAUUUGCGAAAUCGAAGCGGUACACAUGAGUGUAGUACUUUGCCAAAGAGCUCGAAGCCAUACAAGGAUGCACACGAUAUUAGUUUCACAUUUAGGGAAAUCGGCACCACCAACAAACACCAGGAUAAGGGUGAUGGAUUACCAUCAUCACAGGUAGUCAUCGAUGGCAGUCAGGAUCAGUCAAGCGAACCAAUCAGCAGAACUCCCGCCACCCAAGUUUCAUAUCUGCAGAAAAUUCCAACACUUCCUAGACACUUUUCGUCAUCAAAAGAGGGUACCCUUGCUGGUGUGAUUAACUCUGCGGGACACAUUGAACCACGUACCGGUACCGGAUUGCCAAGUAGUUCAUCAGCUAGCGCUCUUUACUCACCCGCCGGAUCGUUGUCACCUCCUCCGCCCUUGGGAAGUGUCCUUCCAACGUCACCGCUUCCUAUGCAGAGGCAAUUCAUCCAUCCAUCUACCAACAACCAACAAUCCAUGCCCACAACAUCGAAUGCGUUAGGACUGCCAUCGUUAAGUGACCGUCUCCCACCACCCGUUCCAGUAAAUUUACAAAUACCAUCAGCUACCUCCAUCGGAGCCCCAACGACGGGUGGCUUUCCACAGUUUCUUCCCCAUCACCAGCAUCCGACGCAUCAUCAUCAUCAAUUGCAUCAGCAUCACCAGCAGCAUCAACACCAGCACCAUCAUCAUCAUCAGUUCCAACCGCAUCCGCAGCAGCAACAGCAACAGUUACAGCACCAGCAUCAAGGUGCCAAAUUCAGUUCUUCUCAAAAUAUCGCCAAUCUUUCCGGCAGUGUUGGCGGAGGUGGAGGCAAAGCAUCGACAUCGAUCUCGUCACCAUCGCCGCCAUCGCUGUUGCACCAUCACCAGACGACGCAUCCUAGUUAUUUGGUCGGACAACAGUUGGACAUACAAAGGCACUCACAAUCGGACGAUGACAGCGGGUGCGCCCUCGAGGAGUACACCUGGGUGCCACCUGGACUUAGACCGGACCAGGUGCGAUUGUAUUUCUCGCAGAUACCCGAUGACAAAGUGCCAUACGUGAACAGCCCUGGCGAGCAAUAUCGAGUGCGACAAUUGCUGCAUCAGCUUCCGCCACAUGAUAACGAGGUUCGUUACUGUCACUCACUGACCGACGAGGAACGCAAAGAACUGCGGCUGUUCUCGUCACAGAGGAAACGAGAUGCACUGGGACGUGGCAACGUGCGACAACUGAUGAAUGCCAGGCCGUGCGAUGGGUGUGACGAUUCUAUAUCCACCGGGGACAUAGCUGUGUUCGCCUCACGCCUCGGCCCGAAUGCAUCAUGGCAUCCAGGAUGUUUCUCCUGCUGCAUUUGUCGGGAACUUCUAGUCGACCUCAUUUACUUCCAUCGUGAUGGACGUUUGUAUUGCGGGCGACAUCAUGCAGAAACCCUUAAACCAAGAUGCUCCUUCUGCGAUGAGAUCAUCCUAGCCGAUGAGUGCACUGAAGCCGAAGGACGUGCCUGGCAUAUGAAUCAUUUUGCCUGCUUCGAGUGUGAGAAGCAGCUGGGUGGCCAAAGAUAUAUCAUGCGAGAUGGCAAGCCAUAUUGUCUCCUUUGCUUCGACUCCAUGUUUGCCGAGUACUGCGACUAUUGUGGCGAGGCAAUUGGUGUGGAUCAGGGUCAAAUGAGUCAUGACGGACAGCACUGGCAUGCCACAGAUGAAUGUUUCUCGUGCAACACUUGCCGAUGUUCACUGCUCGGCAGGGCGUUUCUUCCCCGACGUGGUGCAAUUUAUUGCUCCAUUGCCUGCAGCAAGGGUGAGCCCCCAACACCGUCGGAUAGUUCUGGAACUGGCAUGUAUCCACCUGCAACUCAACGAGUUAGACCGCAAGCUCGCUUGCCCAACGCCGAAUCGACUUCACCACCAAUGUCACCACAGCAGACGAAUCCAUUGCAACCACCCUUAGACCACCAGACCAUGUACCAGCUACGCAGUCAACCCGUAAUGGCUGGGAGUCCGAUAUUCGAACGCAAGCCCCAUCACGCACCAUACACGUUGUCGUCUGAUACCCAAGGUGAACAGUGCACUGCCGACUUCACAGACUUCUCUGGCGGUGGCCCAUCCAACUCCUCACAGAACAUGACCCCAUUGACAUCUCCCGGUGAAUACCAUCAGAUAUUGCCACAAAAAGCAGUUAGCAGCGACGGUGGACCUUAUAACUUUACCGAAAUGAGUCUAAACCUUGACACCUGGAACCCAAAACACAGCACCAGUAGUACAAAUAAUAGCUAUAACCUCUCCCAGCAUAUCCGAACCAAAAUGGACACCUCCCUAACUUCCAGCAUGCCGGAGUUGUCUAACCAUCCUCCACCAUUAGCCAACGAUCCCAUGUUUACUGAAAUCCCGUCAUCAAUAGCCUCUCCGUCGGAGGUGCCAGAGCUACCUACACCAAAUCUGUCGGUAGCAUCGACAGCAGCCCUGCCCGACAUAAUGGGCGCACAAACAACUCCCGAAGGCGAAUUCCAAUCGACUAGUCCACAGUUGAAUUCCUCACUAUCGCCAACCUCUCCUUCAGCAGCUCCAAUGCCAGAGAAGAAAAAGGGUGUUCGGUUCGAGGGUAUCCCUGAUACUUUACCGCGUUCCAGAAGCUACUCGGGCAAUGGCGCUGGCACUGGAGGCGGAGGCAGUGGUGGCAGUAGCAGCAACAACGGUGGCAGUGGUAGCGGUGGGUCUUCAAGGCGCCGACGACGAAGAAAAUCAUCUUGCAAAAGUGGCAGCUCGUCGUCCUCGUCGCAUCAUAAUCGACAUAGCAACAAGGAGCGUCAACAACAUUCAUUAGGUUCAUCGUUUCAGGGAAUCACUAGCAACCAACCAACAACGACUACUCAAAGUCGCGAUGAUGAAUCUGACGCCUCGAGCGAUUGUUCGACGUGUUCCUCGAGCUCGUCCAGCUCCGAAGAUUACCUUUACCAGUUGCCACAGCGUCGGCACUAUGGCGGAGUGCGUGUUAGCUAUGUUCCCAAUGAUGCCAUUGCGUACGAUCGCAAACGAAAACCAUCGGAGAUGGUCUCGGACAAGGACAAGAACUGUAUCAUUUCGUGACGAUAUUUAAUUGCAUAACCUCUCUAACCAGCAUCAUCACCAUAUUCAAACCCUACUACGACUGGGAGUUCCAUCUCAAAACACAAAGUAAAGUUAAAAAUUCUUGCGGCAGUUCCUUUUCGUUCGUGGUGAGUGUCCGCUCUAUAAUUAAGUCGAUGAUGUGAGAGUAGUAUCUUUCAUCCUUUGUAUCCUCCUCGAGGCUUGAGAGAAUGGUGAAGAUAAGGUCGAAAAAGAAAUCGUUUAACGAUAAGUAUUCAACAAAAACAAAAAAUAUUAAUAAAACAAAGAAGAGUAAGAUAUUUUAUUUUUUAAUCCUGUAAAUAGAAUUUAAAAAUUAAAAAAAAAACAAAAAAAAAAAUUAUAUCAUUAAAAAAAAAUAUGUAUACAAAGAUUCAAAAAAAAUUAUAUUUAUACAAAAACCAAGAAUACAAAAAACAAUAAAAGAAAAACACAAAAAAAAAACGGAUAUAAAAAUGCAAUGCAAUUAUAAAUUAUAAUAAAAAAUAAAACAACAUUUCAAUUUCUUAGAACCUACAUAGACGAGUUAUAUACGUUUUGGUAUAUUUUUUAUAG